AUGUUGUCUAUGAAUCUGGUCGUGUUAUUUGUCGUUGCUGCUGUUUUUGCUUUGUCUUCAUCAGCUGUAGUCGAUCCUAAAGCUAACAGCAACGCCAAGGAGAAUUUGAUUGAUGACAAGGCAGUCGGUGUGAAUGACACAUAUGUUUCUGAUCUAAGUGACGAUGACGACGACACCGAUGAUGACAAGGAUGCAGAAAUUGACGGGAUCCCCAUCAAGUCUCUCACAGAGAAUGAGCUGAAGGACCUGCUUGAUGAAGAAGACAAUAUUAUAGUGGCUCAGCUGGGUAAGUAUUUCCGAAUCUUUGUUCAAACUAAUGUUUUAACUUGUUCAUUCACAGACUUACUUUUUCGGUUCACUUCUUCUUCUUUUAAUCUAUUUAAUGUGGCAUUGGUAUCAUUAUCCACAAGUUUGUGUCUCGUAUACUUCUGUCACUUACAAGAAGAAGAAGAAAAAAAGAAGAAGAAGAAGAAAAGAAGAAGAAGAAGAAGAAGAAGACGAGAAAGAAGAAGAAGAAGUAGUAGAAGUAGAAGAAGUAAAAACUUGAGGAAUUUCAACAAAAAUGGAAUCAGCGGCCAAACCGGCACAGUCGGCCCCCACCGUUUCACUGUCCGUGACGGAAGCAAGCAAGGAUCUCCGACUUUGGAAAUUCGCUCGCCCAAACCAAACGGCGAAUACGUCAGAAAGUUUCGAUACGAGAAAUGA